CUCUCGGUAAAUGUCACUAAAUGACUGAAAGAACUAGGUAUCAAGGCGAAGCAAUUUAAAAAAAAAAAAUACAAAUUUAAAAGAAAAGUCUCUAAAUAAAAUAUAUUAGAAUAAAAUUUAAAAAUAUUUAAAAAAUAAAACAUGGCACAUCUGUCAGUGUUUUAUAGGAGUUGAUUUUUUAUUUAGCGUUUAAGCAUUUUGCUUUUUAUUGACAUUGAUUUACUGAGAGGUGAGGUGAGAGUUACCCAAAAUGCCGACCCAGGUGGAACAAAAAACAACUGAUCCUGAAGCUGAACUCAACAAUGUACAACGAACGUUUCAAAAAUUGGCACCAAUGUGCAGCGUGGAGAAACGCGCCGGUGGCGUCCCGCAACUGGCCCCGCAAGAGAAGCAGCUGAGCAUUCUGGCACACGAGCUCCGGGAGACGCUGCUCUGCAUUAAUCUCGCAAGAAAAGGUCAGCACGCUAUAAGAGACAACCAAGUGAAGAUUGGUAUGCGGAACUCUAUUAUGGAGUAUGAACACUUGGAGUCAGAGCUGAGAGACGAGCGAGCUCAACAAGCAGAACUGGACUGCCUGAAUUACCUAGCGCAGAAACAACUGGUCGAAUUGCUGAAGAAAGUACCCACUGAAGCGGAUGAAUUGACAAUGAUAGAAAACGCAAACAAUUGCCUCCGUCGCAUGGAAAACCGUCUGGAUCUAGCCACCAAGCGUUUUUGCGUCGUUAAUGCAGACAAUAAGAAGGUUCGCGAAGAGAUACAUCGGCUACUUGUUGAAAGAAACGACUUCAACAUCCAAUGGAACCGCACCAUCGGAAAGCUAGUAAAAGGCAAGGAGUACUUGAUGGACAUAUUUGAGAUUGCGGCCGUUGCGUUUGGAAACAGAGACGAGUGCUGCAGGAAACUAGAGGCUUUGAAAUGGAAGGGGCUUUUUCAGCUAAACAGAGAUAUAUCUGAAAUGCAAUCUUACGAGGGAGAUCUGAAUCAUCUGGCAAAACUGGAAGAGUUCUUACGAAUCAAAGGCUCCCGGCGGAUAUGUGAGGCUGACGAAAAAGAGGAGAUUAGACAGCAAGAAGAGAUCCAGCGGUGCGAGCAAGAGAUCGCUAGACAUGACUCUUUGCUUGAAGAUAUAUUUGAGUACGCAGGCACGGAGCGAGUUGCGACAAUAGUAAACCAUUUCAGAAUAUCCGAGAUCGAGAACUUCUCGACGUUUGUACUGCUGUGCGAAGUGUUGCAGGAGUCUAUUAUAAUAAGACGGGAACUUGAGCAGUUACGACAGACAAUAUUGGACCAACGAGACAUUAACGAAGCUCGCGGAGAGAAGCAGGACAAGAGUAUAGCGAGUUUGAAGGCGGAACUAGAGGCGAAGCGUAAGCGAACACAGCAUAUGCAAGAACUAAACAGCUCAGCGGAAGCGACAAUCGUGAAAGUGCUUAGAGGAAUUGAUGAUCUUGUCAGACUAGCAAAAUGUGACGUCACACCCUUACUAUCUCUUCUCGGUAACCACAAAGAGGUAACGAAGUGGAACGUACCAAAAUUCCUCAGAAUCCUAGAGACCGAAGUUAAGGGUCUCAUUGAAGUGGUUUAUGGUGCUGUGAAACCUCCCGCCCCUACACCCAAAGCUCGCAAAGGUUCAGCGCCGCCUCCAACUGCCAAGUUGGUUGCCGAUCCCUACGUGGAGACCUUACGACCCAACAAGAUUGAGAAACUCGUUCCAUAUCAGCCUUGUGCUUAUUGUGUCGAGGACUAUAUAAUGAAUCUUGUUUUUGAAACGCCUGCCGUGCCAGCGGACAAGGAAUAUGUUGAAGGAAUAUUCCGCUUAGAAGACGUGAAUACUAAAUUUGGAAUAUACACUCUAACUAUUCCAGCUAAACGACAUCCAUAUAGAGGACCGAAAAAAGAUUAAUGAGAAAUAAAGUUUGAAUCAUGAUAUUAUUAUUAUUGUUCUUCUCAGAAUAAAACUAAUAGGUACAUAUUUGUUUAAAGUGUUUUAUUCCUUGGGUUAUGAAUUUUUCCUAGACAGUAAAAGUUAAAAACAAAAACAGAUGGCGCACUAUAUAUAUUAAUCUACUAUUUUUUUAAUAAGAGUUUGUAAAAAUGCUUGAAUCUAAGUUUAUUAAAUAAAAAUAUUUCUUUAAGUAGCUAACCAGCAUACAACCCGUCUAA